CAAGCGUAACGUCUGUGCUUCUGGAAUUCCUAAAAUAAUCUCUCUCUGUUUCAGUAAAGUAGUUUGAUAUCUAUACACACUCUCCUGUAUCUAUCUAUCCAUGGCGAGACCCCGUGGCUCGAAGAAAACCCUCGACUCCUACUUCGUCAAGGCGCUCAACAAGCUCGUACGCCCUGGAGACUGCGUGUUGAUGAGGCCUAUCGAGCCUUCGAAACCGCCAUACGUGGCGAGAAUCGAGAAGAUCGAAUCGGAUAGCAGGGGUGCAAAUGUUAGGGUUCAUGUCCGGUGGUAUUACCGCCCGGAAGAAUCGCUAGGUGGAAGGCGACAAUUUCACGGCUCCAAAGAAGUGUUUUUGUCCGAUCAUUGUGAUUAUCAGAGUGCCGAUACUAUUGAGGGGACUUGCAAUGUUCAUAGUUUCAAGAGUUAUACGAAACUUGAUGCGGUUGGGAAUGAGGACUUCUUUUGUCGGUUUGAUUAUGAUUCGACUACGGGAGCGUUUAAUCCCGAUAGAGUUGCUGUGUACUGUAAAUGCGAAAUGCCUUAUAAUCCUGAUGAUUUGAUGGUUCAAUGUGAGGAUUGCAGCGAUUGGUUUCAUCCUAAAUGUAUUGACAUGACUAUUGAGGACGCCCAAAAGAUUGAACACUUCUUUUGUCAAAAUUGUUUAUCUGAAGCGCAGAAGAAGAUACAAAAUUCACGUGCUACUUCCAGGCCCUCCGACACAAAGGUGGAAACCAAACGUCGUAGGCGAUGACAUUUCAGAGGCGUCUCUUUUGACUAUCGCAUGGAUGAAAACUUGGAUCGUAGAACUGUUGGCAUCACAAACAAAGUGCUGGUUUCAGAAAGAAGCUGUGUUUCAAAGUUAUUGUCUGUCAUUGUGUCGGUUUCAUCUGAGGGAUAGUCCGUCAAAGUUGUGUUUCGUAGUCUGUAAUUACCUAUGUAAUAUAUAGAUUAUCUUUUGCUUUCUGGCUUGUUUCUGUAUUAGAGUCUGGAAUCUGUCUGUUUUCAGCGAAGUUUUUAACUUCUACUAGAGCAAUAGAUUAAUUAAGGAGUCUUUUCUUGUAUAUAUGGUUCUGUGAACCAAGUAAUUAAAUUGAGGAGUCUUCUGUUAUAUAUGUUUUUAUAAAUGAGUGCUCA